GAUCCCUCGGACACAGCGGAUCACCGAUCACAGAAAGAGCCGAGGAUGUCGGCUUGGUCAUGUGAUCAGCUGUGUCCAAUCACAGCUGAUCACAUGGGACAUCUACAUGGUCAUCAGGGCACUGAUGAUCAGUGUGCCCUGAUGAUCAGUGUAGCCACAGCAGUGCCACCUCUCAGUGUCCAUCAGUGCCUUGUGCCAGUGCCCAUCAGCGCCACAUCAAUGCCACAUAUUGGUGCCUACCAGUGCACAUCAAUGCCACAUAUCAGUGCCCAUCUGAGCUGCCUUUCAGUGUCACCCAUCAGUGCCAGUCAGUGCCAUCUAUCAGUGCCACCUAUCAGUGCUGCCAACCAGUGCCACCUAUCAGAGCCAGUCAGUGCCGCCUAUCAG